GGUUGGAACUUUGUGCUGCUGUCCUAUUGGCUAAUUUAUUGCAAACCGUAUUGAAAUAUCUUGAUGUUCCCAUACGUAACAUAUUUGCAUGGUCGGAUUCCACCGUUGUAUUAGCAUGGAUUUCGUCUGAGUCUUAUAAUGCGUUGGGUACCAUUUGUUGCCAAUAGAGUCGAAAAAAUUCAGAACGCAAUUCCUACCAUGAAGUGGAAACACGUUGGUGGAAGUCAUAAUCCUGCAGACUGUGCAAUAAGAGGAUUCCCUUCUUCUGAAUUAGUUGACUGUGAGAUUUGGUUCCAAGGACCAGAUUGGUUAAGACAGAUUAAUCCUGAAAUUUGGUCUGAAAAUGAAAAAUCUGUUGAUGAUGAGAAGAUAUACCUUGGGGAGAAGAAGACAUACACGACAGCUACCUGUGAAGUUGAAGAAGAUGGAAUAUUUGAAAGGUUUUCUUCAUGGUCCAGAUUAUAUAGCGUCGUAUCAUUAUGUUUGACGUUCCUGCAUAAUUGCUGUAACCCUCCAAAAAAAUGUUUAAAUGGUUUUCUAACUACUAGUGAACUAAAGACAGCCAUUAUGUCAAUAAUUAAGUCUGUACAACAAUCAUAUUUUAGUGAGGAGAUGUCUUGUUUAAGAUUAGGCAAGGAGCUAAGAGUUCACAGUGGAAUAAUUCAGUUGACUCCCUUCUUCGAUGCUGUAGGUGUUAUCCGCGUGGGAGGUCGGAUAAAGAAUGCCAAUAUUCCUGAAACACAACGAUAUCCAGUCUUGCUUCCCUCUAAGAGUCAUGUCACAAAUCUUAUUAUAACAUACUAUCACAUAGUUUACCUACAUGCUAGCCAAGAGUUGCUUUUGAGUAUUCUUAGAAUGCAGUUUUGGAUACAGGCCUGGGAGUGCCAUUUCCCCUUUGAAAAAGUGAGAAAAGUGAGUUGAAAUACAGAAUAAGUGAGUAAAAAGUGAGUGCAAUACAAGUAGCCCUCAGUUUAUGCUGGCUCAAUUUAUGCCGAUUCACAAUAACUCCGCUGCGCAAUUCACCAUUUCAAGGUGUAAUUCCCCAAUUUUCCCUAUGCUAGACUGAUUUUCAUUUCAGUGUCGACGUAUUUACUGAGCCGCAACAUUGUAUAUUAGUUACAAAAGAUUUUCUGUUUAAUAUUAUUGGGUAUGCAUACAUUUGCAUUAAAUUAAUAUUAAAAUACUAAACAUUUAGGUACCCACGAGUCAAGUUAUUAAACUUAAUAGUCCAACAAAUGGUGUCUGAAUCAAUAGUGCCAAUGAAUGUAUCCCAUAUCAGAUCGUUCAGGAAAACACUUUACGACGCAGUAGCACUUCCAGCGAUCACAAAUCAUCAUUAGUGAGACAAAUCUACUUUUCAUUGGCCAGACGAUAUCUAUCUCUUCUUAGCCACCUUCAAUUUUCCUGC